UUCAACAUCUGGCAUUGCCAUUUUUGUCUCCACUCAUCUCAUCUGGUCCAUUUCGUGUGAUGGGAGAGGAGAACGGGAUGGGAAAGGAGGAGAUGAGGAUGGGAGAGAUGGAGGGGGGAAGGGCCAUGGAGGUAGAGAUGGCGAGGGAAAACUUCUACCCUCUUCCACUUUACUCCCACGAGGACGUCGUCAAGGACAGGGCUCUUUUCAUGGAUUCCAUGCGACGUUUCCACCACUCCAUGGGCACUAAGCUCUCGAUUCCCGUGUUAGGAGGGAAGGAGAUCGAUCUGCAUCUGUUGUAUAAGGAGGUGACUCAAAGGGGUGGUCUUGAAAAGGUGAUUUUGGAGAAAAAGUUAAGGGAAGUCGUGAUGGCAUUCAGUUUUCCUCCCACUACCACUAGCGCAUCCUUCGUACUAAGGAACCACUACUUGAGCCUUCUGCACCACUACGAGCAGGUGUACUUCUUUGGAGCACAGGGGCCUCCUGUCCCUCCUGCCGCUUCGUGCCUGACCAAGACCCCCAAGAUCAAGCUUGAACGUCAUCCGGAUGCUUCCGACCUGACCACGAAGAAGUCCAGGAGAAGGAAAAGAGAACAUGCAGAGCCGCGAAGCAAAGAACCGCAUCAUUUUACCGUGACUGGAUCAAUCGACAGGAAAUUCGAGUAUGGUUAUUUUGUGACAGUGAAAGUUGGCCAGGAGACGCUGCAUGGAGUUCUCUUUCAUGUCGAGCAGCCUGGAGAGGCUUCAUCCUCUGCUUCUGUUCUGCCUCCUGCGAACGCCGCUGCGAUGAAUGGUGCCCCGACCGAAGCGAAACGUAGGAAGAAGAGAAGGCGCAGAAGUUCUGACCCUGCGCACCCGAAACCGAGCAGGAGUGCAUAUAAUUUCUACUUUGCUGAACAAUAUUCCAAGCUUAAAGCUCUCUAUCCUGGUAGAGAUAAAGAAUUUAGUAAAAUGAUAGGAGAAUCCUGGAGCAGACUCGAUGCAGAAGAAAAACAGGUGUAUCUGGAUCGUGGAGUGGAAGACAAGGAGCGAUACAGGAAGGAAAUGGAGUACUGGGAGAAGCAGAAACUCCAGCAGGAAGUCAUGGGGGAGGAGCUUUCCACUGCGAAAAAUGAUGAACCUGAAUGAAUGGAGUUGUGGUCGUCAAGUUGCGUAGAUCAGCAUUAACAGGCACAUGGAAAACGGUUUCAAGGAGCCACAGGCAGCGUUCUUCUCUCGCUAGCUAGUUUCAGUGUUUUGACAUCGGAGUAGUUUUGCUGGGGUUCUUUUCUUUUGUUUUUUUUUUUUUUUGAAGGAAAUAGUUUUGCUGGGGAUAAAGAUAGAUCUGAGCUGUGGUAGUGUUCUGAUGAAGCAUUUAUAUAUCGAAUGCUAGCUUAAGAUUACCUAGUUUUGGCAAUGGAACUUUAUAGGUUCAGAUCAUAUUAAGCAUGAGGGAUGGUGGGACCUGUAAACCAAACCAUGUCCCAGUACGUAGUCUUGGAUCAUAUGUCCCUUUUUUUUUGGG